CGCUCAGCUCACUGUUUUCGGGAGAUUUCACGUGAGAAUACGACAAACCACCUCGCGCACGCUAUAAUUAUCUUCCUUUGCCAGUCUCCGUUUAAAUUCAUAGUCGGUCUGUUUUUUCUUUAUUUUGGGGUAGAAAUGUGGGAAUUGAAGCCCUAAAAUCUCCUCAACGAAUUUAGGAUGAUACAUCCGUGUUCUAUGUUUUGUUUCUCUCUUUUUGUACUUCAUGCCAACAUGGUAAAUGCAGGGGCAGAGCGGGCUACUGCUUGUCCGCAAUCAGAAAGUCCACGUCUGUCUCUGUACCGGGUUUAAGAGGAUGUAAGGAACAAGUAGCUUUUUUCAACCAAAGUCUCCUUAUAAAAAUGCAGAAGGCAAUACGACUGAAUGAUGGUCAUGUCACCUACCUGGGUCUUUUGGCAAAGAAGGAUGGUACGAGGCGAGGUUGCUUGAGCAAAAGGAGCUCAGACAACACAAAAUGGCACACAAAGUGGUUCGCUUUAUUCCAAAAUAUGCUGUUUUAUUUUGAGAGCGAGUCCAGCUCUCGACCUGCGGGAUUAUACCUGUUGGAGGGAUGUGUGUGUGACAGGGCGCCGUCACCUAAACCUUCACAAUCAUCCAAAGAGUGUUUAGAAAAGCAGUACUACUUCACUGUAAAUUUCACCCAUGAAAACCAGAAAGCCCUGGAGUUGCGUACAGAGGAUGUCAAGGACGGUGAUGAAUGGGUGGCUGCAAUAACACAUGCCAGUUACAGGAACCUGGCCACGGAGCACGAGACGCUCAUGCAGAAGUAUCUCCAUCUAAUUCAGAUCGUGGAGACAGAGAAAACGGUUGCUAAGCAACUUCGACAACAGAUAGAGGAUGGGGAAAUAGAGAUUGAACGGCUAAAAUCAGAGAUUUCCGGGCUGCACAAAGACAAUGGGAAGAUCCAGUCGAGUCCAACAGCUGAACCCAGUGAAGAUGAUGACUCUGAACUCAAGAAAAUAAAAAAAGUGCAGAGUUUCCUACGAGGCUGGAUGUGCAGGAGGAAGUGGAAGACCAUCAUCCAGGACUACAUCCGGUCUCCCCACGCCGAGAGCAUGAGGAAGAGGAACCAGGUGGUGUUCAGUAUGCUGGACUCUGAGGCUGAGUACGUCCAGCAGCUCCACAUCCUGGUCAACAAUUUCCUCCGACCGCUCCGUAUGGCCGCCAGCUCCAAGAAACCACCCAUCACCCAUGACGACGUCAGCAGCAUCUUCCUCAACAGUGAGACCAUCAUGUUUCUGCAUCAAAUAUUCUACCAAGGGUUGAAAGCAAGAAUAGCAAGCUGGCCAACAUUAGUUUUGGCUGACCUGUUUGACAUCCUGCUGCCAAUGUUGAACAUCUACCAGGAGUUUGUGAGGAACCACCAAUACAGUCUGCAGAUCCUGGCACACUGUAAACAGAACCGAGACUUUGACAAGCUGCUGAAGCAGUAUGAGGCCAAGCCAGACUGUGAGGAUAGGACUCUGGAGACCUUCCUCACCUACCCCAUGUUCCAGAUUCCCCGCUACAUUCUUACUCUCCAUGAGCUCCUGGCCCACACACCACAUGAGCAUGUGGAGAGGACAAGUCUGGACUACGCCAAGUCAAAGCUGGAGGAGCUGUCCAGAAUCAUGCAUGACGAGGUGAGUGAGACAGAGAACAUCAGGAAGAACCUGGCCAUUGAGCGCAUGAUCGUAGAAGGCUGCGAGAUCCUCCUUGACACCAGCCAGACGUUUGUCAGACAAGGCUCUCUCAUCCAGGUGCCAAUGAGUGAGAAGGGUAAGAUUACCCGUGGGCGACUGGGCUCUCUGACUCUGAAGAAGGAAGGGGAGAGGCAGUGCUUCCUCUUCUCCAAGCAUGUCAUCAUCUGCACCAGGGGCUCUGGAGGGAAGCUGCACCUCACCAAGAAUGGAGUGGUCUCUCUUAUUGACUGCACUCUUCUGGAAGACCCAGAGGGGACAGAUGAUGAGUCCAAACCAGACAAGGGUGUACAGGACAUGGAGCACCUGGACUUUAAAAUCGUGGUGGAGCCUAAAGAAGGCCAGUCGUUCACAGUGAUCCUAGUGGCCUCCUCGCGGCAGGAGAAAUCUGCCUGGACCAGUGACAUCAGCCAGUGCAUAGACAACAUCCGCUGCAAUGGGCUUAUGAUGAAUGCAUUUGAGGAGAACUCUAAAGUCACUGUGCCACAGAUGAUCAAGUCUGACGCCAGCCUGUACUGCGAUGACGUGGACAUCCGUUUCAGUAAGAUGAUGAACUCAUGUAAGGUGCUGCAGAUCCGCUAUGCCAGUGUGGAAAGACUUCUAGAGAGACUGACCGACCUGCGCUUCCUCUCGAUCGACUUCCUCAACACCUUCCUGCAUUCCUACCGCGUGUUCACCAGCGCCGAUGUGGUGCUGGACAAACUCAUCACUAUCUACAAAAAGCCCAUCAGUGCCAUCCCAGCCCGAUCCCUGGAGUUGUUCUUCGCCAGCAGUCAGAACAAUAAACUCCUAUAUGGGGAGCCUCCCAAAUCCCCCAGGGCCAGCCGUAAGUUCUCCUCCCCCCCUCCCCUGGCCAUCACCAAGACAUCGUCCCCUAACCGCCGCCGUAAACUCUCCCUCAACAUCCCCAUCAUCACUGGGGGCAAGGCUCUGGAACUGGCCGCCCUCAGCUGCUCCUCCAACGGCUAUGCAAGCAUGUACUCCUCCAUGUCCCCCUUCAGCAAGACCACCCUGGACAUCAAUAAGCUUUAUGUCACCAGCCCCAUCACCAGUAAGAUCCCUGACGAGGGAGAGGGCAAGACAGACAAGGCAGAGGAGACCAUUGUGUCUAAACAAGAUAUUUCAGUUCCGGAGGAAAGUGACAUUGACCAAAACCAGAGCGAUGACGCAGACCCAGAAACGUCUCCUAUCAAGUCGCCAACCACCCCUAAAAACAUGAAAUGCAAAAACUCUUCAGAAUUCUCCCUGUUUUCCUACAAUAAUGGCACGGUGAUGUCAUCGUGCCGCCCUGAGAUGGACAACAACAAUCGCAGUGCCCUCUCUGCAGCCUCCGCCUUCGCCAUCGCCACGGCAGGAGCCAAUGAGGGCACGCCCACCAAGGAGAAGUACCGCCGCAUGUCCCUGGCUAGCACAGGGUUCCCAACAGACCAGAGGAAUGGGGACAAAGAGUUUGUCAUCCGAAGGGCUGCAACCAACAGAGUCCUGAAUGUUCUGAGGCACUGGGUGUCAAAACACUCUCAGGACUUUGAGAGUAACACUGAGCUGAAGCUGAAGGUGAUAGCCUUCCUGGAGGAAGUGAUGCAUGACCCGGAACUGCUGACCCAGGAAAGGAAAGCAGCCGCCAACAUCAUCAGGACCCUGACACAGGAGGACCCAGGUGACAAUCAGAUCAGCCUCGAGGAGGUGACACAGCUGGCAUCAGUAGGGAAGGCGGAAGCGUUUGAGAGCCAUUCUGCCUUGGAGAUAGCAGAGCAGCUCACCCUACUGGACCACCUGGUCUUUAAGGUCAUCCCAUAUGAAGAGUUCUUUGGUCAAGGCUGGAUGAAGAAUGACAAGAAUGAAAGGACACCAUAUAUCAUGAAAACAACAAAGCAUUUCAAUGAUAUCAGUAACCUGAUUGCCACAGAGAUCCUGCGUUGUGACGACGUGACCACACGGGUGGCGGUGAUGGAGAAGUGGGUGGCGGUGGCGGACAUCUGCCGCUGUCUCCAUAACUACAACGCUGUGCUGGAGAUCACCUCCUCCCUCAACCGCAGCUCUGUGUUCCGUCUCAAGAAGACCUGGCUCAAAGUGUCCAAGCAGACUAAAACCGUAAUUGACAAGCUGCAGAAGUUGGUUUCGUCAGAGGGGAGGUUCAAAAACCUAAGAGAGGCUUUAAAGAACUGUGACCCUCCCUGUGUACCAUACCUGGGGAUGUACCUCACUGAUCUGGCUUUCAUUGAGGAGGGGACACCCAAUUACACUGAGGACAAAUUAGUCAACUUCUCAAAGAUGAGGAUGAUUUCCCAUAUCAUCAGAGAUAUUAGACAAUUCCAGCAAACGGCAUACAAGAUUGAUCAUCAGCCAAUGGCAGCACAGUAUUUGCUGGACAACAGCUCUGUUCUGGAUGAAGAAAGCCUGUAUGAAGCCUCUCUCAGAAUUGAGCCUAAAGUCAACAACUGAAGAGGAUGACAGUUUCCCAAAGUGUACUCUCUGUUAAGGAACUAUGUCAUACACAGUAGACAUAUACAAUAACUGGUGUUAAGUCAUGUUUAACAUGUUUGCUCUCAUACGUGUAUUGUUUUUAGAAGUAUUAUGUACAAAUGUUAAUUUAAUCUUCACGUUGUUGAAAUAUUUCAUUUUCCUCUGCAACAAGGACCAUUUCACUGGGCUUACUAGGGUGAUAACUAAAGUCACAAUGAUCUUGUAUAAUGGUAUGUCCUUUAACCAAUUAAAUUGAUUGACAUCUUUUCAUACUGUGGACUUUGCACUUCCUGUAAGCACACAUGCUGCCAGGAUCAUAUUGUACAUAGGAAAGAUUGUUCUCUUUACUCAAAUAGAUGUGUUUAUCUUCAACUGAUGUAGCAUUGUAAAAAUCAAACCAGGUAAAACAUUGACAUUUUCUUACCCCAAAUUGAUGUGGCUAAACCAAUGAGUGUUCCUUGAAUUGUUCUAUCAAUUCCGCCUCAGCUCUGCUUUGUUUAUUUGCUUCCGCUUGUUGUAUCUAUCAACAUUUGAGUCAUCCUGUCACAGUUGUGACUGAGAUGUGAAAGUCACUAGCAUCACAGAGCUUUGUCUUGUCAUCAUGAAUGAUUCUUACGUAACAAGAUAAUACACUUGCCUGAUACAAGAAACACCUGCUCUUAGAAGUUACUGAUUUUCAGCACAGUACUGAAUCUGCUCUGAAAAUAAAUAACUAAUAAGGGCAUGUUCACACGACAAGCUUUAAUCUAAGAACCAGCAAAGUCUGGUUUGUUUUGAAAACAAUUUUAAGUCCUGUGUGAAUACAACCUACUAUAACCUAGAAGAUGAUUAACAAUAUCUGUAGCUUUAUUUCAUUACUGUUGCAUGUUUCAUUGUAACAGGCAGUUAAAUCAAACUUCAUGCUAUAUAUUUUCAAAAGUAAUUCAAGUAGCCAUGAAUUCAACUUUGUUUUGCAGAAUAAGCUCUAUUAAUCCAUGUAAUUUGAAGGGACAGUAAUAAGCCAGUGUAUGUUUUAUCUCCAAUACAAGUGUAUUUCCAGUUUGACAAUGAUUAGUUGGUGACAUCUUGUUUCACUAUGACUCACUGGGCACAGUUGUCAAUUCAAUGUCUAUUCCACAUUGGUUCAACAGAAUUUCAUUGAAAUGAAAUGGAAACAACGUGGAUUCAACCAGUAUGUACCCAGUGGGGAGUUUGGGGAGGAAUAUGUUAACCAUUUUGCUGCUAUUCUUGGAGCAUGCCAUUGUAUAAUGAUAUGUAGCUGUUUCCCUUUUUUAAACCACAUGUUCGUUUGCUUUCAAUUUAAUAUAAACGGAGCACACAUUUUAAAGAAAAAUAAAGCGAAACCCUUGAAAUUGUAGUAUUUUUAGGCUUUGUGAUAUUCGUGUACAGUGCAAGGUUGUUCCGCUAUUAUACUGUAUAAUUCAAAGACAAUCUAUGUCCUUUUGCUGUUCCAGUGAUUGUGGAACGUGACCGUAUAUCACUCUGUUAAAUGCAUUGUUAAGAGUAUGAUAAAAGUAAGUGAAUGAGUUACUCCGCCUGCAGCAUUCAAAAGGUAUUUUUGUAGUAUUAGUAUAAGGGAAGGGGAUACAUACACAGGGAAGUAUUUUGUACUUUGUUGUUAAUUCACCUGCAGAAAUGUAUUCUGUACAGUUUGUAUAUGCAGCCCUGCAUAUUUCUUAAUGUGGAACAGUGUCAAGUACACCUCAAAAGCAUUGUAUCCCAAGCUUUAACACAAAAUGCUACAACAAUUGUGAUUUUGAAACCAUGACUUAGAGGUAGAAGACAACUUCAAAGUGUUUUGCAUAUACUGUAAUCCUGUCUAUAAUCAUUCUCUUAGCAGGAAUAUAGUGAUGUAGUGCUUAUUCUGUGAAUAUUUGUAUGUAUUUUUACCAUGUACAGUCUAGAAAUAUUUAAAGCUCAUGUGGCAGGCAUGCAACACUAUCAGACAAUAUUAAAACAAUAUAUAUACUUAUAUAUACUGUAUACACUUAUACGUGCACAUACUCUUAUAAAUGAAUUAUUAACAAACGUUUUGCUGUUAGCAAUACCCAGUGGUAUGAGAAUUAUCUUUCAACCCUUAUGUUUAUUUCCACGGCUUGAGAAAUAUUUCCAGUUUUAUAAAAAUACAACAAAUAUGUAUGUUUCCUGAUUACCUCUUGCUAAUAAAUCUAUUCUAUCUCAGGGGCAUUGUUGUCUCAAGUGUGUUUGUGGAGAAAAUGA